AUGGACCCGACAUACUCAAGCCAAGGCUUCGACGACACUUACUCACACACACCCAGAUCGAGAGCCGGUAGUGGAGUAUCCACCACAGAAGGGCUAUUACAGAACCUCCAUCUUGCCGAGUCGACAUCAUUCGAGACCGGGUCUUAUACCACCAGCAGACCUUCGUCCUCCCGGGGGUUAGCCUCACCCGCCUACUUAAGUCCGAGCCUGUCCCACUCGCCGGGCUACCUGUCCACUCCCCUCACUCAACACCAAACACCCUUUCCACCUUUGUCAUCCGAAGCGGUGGCCUCGGACGCCGAGUGCAUCAUCGCCUCCGCUGCCCUCUAUCGAGACAGAAGCUAUGAGGCUCCGUGCUUACUAGUGACAGUGAUGGAAUCUAACAACGGGCUCAUGCCCCCCCAUGAUCUCGGCCCUUACGGUUCAGACGCCAGUCUCACCCCGCCAAGUGGAUCACGAUCGGUCACAGCAAGCCCCCCUCGGACGAACCUCACCGCGGAGCAAAGGGAACUAAAACGGCAACGAGACCAAGCAAGGCACAACUCCAAGAUGCAGGUCCGCGGCAGGAGGACGGACAGCGGUUCUUCAGUCUACUCGCCGCCCGUAACCCUAUCCGACAUGACAACUGGCGCAUCGAGCAUGCCCGUGUACACGACCGCACCGUCGCAAAUCUCCCUCCUCGCCGAACCAUCAGCACCGCAUUACUUGCCGCCUUUCUCGCCACCGCUCCAGGACCAGAACCAGGCGGCCAUGUUCACAAACUCGUACCCUCCGCAAUCGUAUAUGCCCGAUUACUCGUACCCACCAUCGACGGGCCCAAGCUUGCCGUCCCACUAUGGCCUCGGGAUGUACCCAGUUCCACCCAUUAUCCCGCCAGGUCCCCAGGACGCGAGCGGGCAAGUCAGAGUGGUGCACAGCCGGCCGAAGCCGCAGUGCUGGGAGCACGGCUGCAACGGGCGACAGUUCUCGACCUUUAGCAACCUCCUCCGGCACCAACGGGAAAAGUCGGGACAGGCGGCGAAGGCGACAUGUCCGAACUGCGGAGCCGAAUUCACCAGGACGACGGCCAGGAACGGGCACCUACUCCACGACAAGUGCAAAAAGAAGGGCUCCAGCUAA